GUUUUGUAUCGUAGAAAUGAGCAAUUACAACGUAUUUCAGAACUCCAUCGCUGUUAUGAUGCAUUGCAAUACCCCAUUUUGUUUUGGAGAGGGGACGAUGGCUAUCAAAUCAACAUACCAAUGAUAAAUCCAACAACUGGUCAAAAAUCAACGAAAACCGUCAGUGCGAUGAAUUUUUAUUCGUAUCGAUUGAUGAUUCGCCCUCAAGAAAACAAUUUUAUUUUGCGAUGCAAUCAACUUUCGCAUCAAUAUAUCGUCGAUAUGUACGCCAAAAUUGAAAGUGAGCUAUUCAAUUUCAUCCGUCAGAGUCAAGCCCGAUUGAGAUCAGAGGAAUACAUACAUUUGCGUGACGCAAUAAUCAAUGAUGCAUUUAUCGAUUUGCAAGUCAUUUUGGACGAAAAUAUAUUAAAAAAUUCAAUGCUCCAGGAGCCCUUGGAAAAACAUGUUUAACUUUAUUUAUUUUAGCA